CCCCUAUGAACACAACGAAUGACAGUCCGGCUUGCAUCACAGGUACGAACGCCUCCGAUUGGUUGAAGCACGGUUCUGAAGGAGGAGACAGAGGAAGGACUUCAAGGGCCUGAGCAUGCGCUAUUGUGUCUCCCUUACAUAUAUGUAAGACAAAAUCCUUCAGUAGCUAUAGACAUUGCUGUCUGACAUCCACUAUCGUGGUAGACUACAAGAAUAGGUAUUUUCUACUAAGAACUGGACCUACACACAUCUAGAGCUCCUUUCGGUUUCAUUUUAAGGUUCUUUUCGGGUUUAGCUUUGGCUGUAGCCUAUCCAACCCUAACCUCACCGACACGGGGACUCUAACCCUGACGGGAAUCGAGUCCUGUCGGUUCUUCUUCCCCAGUGCAGUCUCUGGCAGCAGAGAACUGGAAGGAAAGGCAGCGAAAAGAGCUGUUGGCUUGGGGAUGACCAGUGAGAUAUACCUGCUGGAGCACGUCCUACAGUAGAUGACACAGUCCUGGACCAUGUAAGGGAGCUGAAGGAUAAAUCUGCAGUGUUUCUACCAGAGCGAGAGACGGGAGGAGCGAGGGAAGAGGAGGAAGAUAGAGGAAUGGGCGUGGGGAAGAAUACCACCUCUAUGUCGAUGGAGGGAGGAGAAGGAGCAAAGUAUGAGGAGGAGAACAAACACAGCGCAGACUUCUACCCCAUUCCGGUGGUGGUGAACGGAGUGGAACAGGCCACUGGAGAGCAGGACACUGAAGACACUGAGCUGAUGGCCAUCUACACUAAAGAGAUCCAGGAAGGAGAGAAGAGUUCCAUGUCAGAGACGUUGGACAGUGCAGACAGUAUGGACGCCAGGAGAAUGGACAUGAUCUACACCAUCGAAGACACACCUCCCUGGUACCUGUGUAUAUUCCUGGGCUUACAGCACUACCUGACGUGUUUCAGUGGUACCAUCGCUGUGCCGUUCCUGCUAGCUGAAGCCAUGUGUGUAGGGUUUGACCAGUGGGCUACCAGUCAGCUCAUAGGAACUAUCUUCUUCUGUGUGGGAAUUACCACCCUGCUACAGACUACACUGGGCUGCAGGCUUCCUCUGUUCCAGGCAAGUGCUUUUGCCUUCCUUGCUCCCGCCAGAGCAAUCCUGUCACUAGACAAGUGGAAGUGCAACGCUACAGUGGUUCCGCCCAUGUUCAACGAAACCGAGCUGUUCAACACUGAACACAUCUGGCAUCCCCGAAUACGAGAGAUCCAGGGGGCUAUCAUUGUGUCGUCUCUGAUAGAGGUGUGUAUCGGCUUCCUGGGGCUUCCGGGACUCCUGUUGAAAUACAUUGGCCCUCUGACCAUCACCCCAACCGUGGCCCUCAUCGGCCUUUCUGGCUUCCAGGCUGCAGGGGAGAGAGCAGGGAAACACUGGGGCAUUGCCAUGCUGACUAUAUUCCUGGUGUUGUUGUUCUCUCAGUAUGCGAGGAACGUACAACUUCCUCUGCCCAUCUACAAGGCUAAGAAAGGAUGGACCUCUUAUAGAUUACAGCUCUUCAAGAUGUUCCCUAUCAUCAUGGCCAUCCUGGUGUCAUGGCUGAUCUGUUUCAUCUUCACUGUAACCAACGUUUUCCCGCCGGAGAAAGACAAGUACGGUUACUAUGCCCGCACUGACGCUCGCCAGGGGAUACUGGCAGCUGCACCUUGGUUCAAGAUCCCCUACCCCUUUCAGUGGGGUGUUCCUACGGUAACAGCAGCAGGGGUGAUAGGUAUGUUCAGUGCCGUGGUCGCUAGCAUCAUCGAGUCUAUCGGGGACUACUAUGCCUGUGCCCGACUCUCCUGUGCCCCCCCACCCCCUGUUCACGCCAUCAACAGGGGUAUAUUUAUGGAAGGUCUGUCCUGCGUGUUGGAUGGGCUGAUGGGGACAGGAAACGGCUCUACUUCCUCGAGUCCUAAUAUAGGCGUGCUGGGCAUCACUAAGGUAGGCAGUCGGCGUGUGAUCCAGUACGGUGCUGCUAUGAUGCUGCUGCUAGGGCUGGUGGGUAAAUUCAGUGCAUUGUUUGCCUCCCUGCCUGACCCUGUCCUGGGGGCGCUGUUCUGUACCCUGUUUGGAAUGAUCACAGCUGUGGGACUGUCCAACCUGCAGUUUGUAGACCUCAACUCCUCCAGGAACCUCUUUGUUUUGGGCUUCUCAAUCUUCUUUGGCCUGGUGCUGCCCAGCUAUCUCAAACAGAACCCUCUGGUCACUGGUAUAGUGUCGCUAGACCAGGUGUUGAACGUGCUCCUGACCACAGCCAUGUUCGUAGGGGGGUCAGUGGCAUUUGUGCUGGAUAACACUAUCCCUGGUACCAGGGAGGAGCGAGGGAUCGGGAAGUUGAAGCGAGGGUCGGGACCCAGUGCUGCGGAGCUGGAGGGGAUGAGAACCUACGACCUCCCGUUUGGCAUGGACUUCCUGCGUCGUCACACCGUCUUCCAAUACUUCCCCAUCAGCCCUACCUUCAGCGGCUACCAGUGGAGCGCGAUCCGCAAGGCCUGCAGACGUAGGGGUGGACGGGGGGAGGCAGGAAAGGGAGCAGAGAUGGAGAAAGUCACAGAACCAGGGGAGAGCGGGGUAUAGCAGCCGUGUAGGAACUGGGUGGAGGGGAGGGGGAAGGGAUGGAGCUUGGAACCAUGGAAGGGAGGAGAGGGAUGGAAGGGAGGGGUGGAGGUUUUUGGGUUGUGUCAGUGCAGUGUGACAUGCUCAACCCUGUCUUGUAUGUCUGUGUGUCUGUAGAACUCCCUGUUUAUGCCCUAUCCAUGCUGUUAUUAGCAUGUUAUAACAGGUGACAUUAGCGUGUUAUAAUGUCCUUAUUUAGGAGGGUUCAGGUGGAGUUGCAACACUCUCUCUGGCUCUCCUCUACCUAGUAUGUGUGCAUAAGAGCAGUUUAUUAGACAGCCCCUUUAUUGAGGUCCCUGUCUUCCCAAUACACUAUUUCUACUGGGUCCUUAAGUUCAAGCACUUAUUUUCAAGGUCAACCUGUCUACAUUCAUUCCAAGAAAUAAAAGGUUUCUUCUCAGCCGUUGAACCAAAAUACUCUUAAUAUAUUACACUCCCAGGGGCUCCGCGUGCAUUUGUGUGUGUAUGCCAACCCAUGACAUUGUGAUGGGGUUGUGUGUGUCACUUGCACUGGCGCAUUAAGGACAGAGAUGGACAGUAUCUCAUUUACAACAAAUGUUUUUAAGCUGAAUCGUUGACACCUUACAGACCCAAUGAGAAUCAGACGAAGCUAGUCAGUCAGCCCUGUUUAGCAAACCUACACUGCCCACGGUGGUUAUGGGAAAUGUAGUCCCGUUGAAAGGGAACUGGAUUAAAGUUGGAGAGGCUUGAUGCAAAUUCACAUUCAACUAAUAAUUUGCCUGCACACUACAUUUGCACACGCACACGAGCAAGCACAAACUUAAUUGCAUGCAGAUAGUGUAGAUGCAAGUGGCUUGUCAAAUGGCAGACCUUAGCCAUGCAACAUUAUUGAUCUUCAUUUCGCACUAUUAGUGCACUAUUAGUGCGACGAGUUAAUGCACAGAAUAUUAGUUGAAACCUGCUUCUCUAAUUGGCUUCUACCCACAUAACACAGCCACACUUCAAACACAACAGAUCAGACAAUGUCAUCCACUGGACGAAGGGCUCUCAGUCCCGUAGCCCUAGACACUUCUCCUAGUGCCCUAGCCCUAGACACUUCUCCUAGUGCCCUAGCCCUAGACACUUCUCCUAGUGCCCUAGCCCUAGACACUUCUCCUAGUGCCCUAGCCCUAGACACUUCUCCUAGUGCCCUAGCCCCUUCUCCUAGUGCCCUAGCCCCUUCUCCUA